GCCGGUCGCCAUCUUUGCUCCAUCCCAGCAGCAGCGCAGCCGGCGGGGCGGAACACCACUCAUCGACCCAGUCGGUUUCUAGGAACCGCCGAUACACCGGGCACACCGCCGUGUUUAUCACUGAAGACCUACCACUUUGAUCAGCUAGUCUGCUACUCUACCCGCAUCUCGAUACACAAUGGGAGAGCGAGAGUGCUACGUUUAUGAGGCGAAACUUGCCGAGCAGGCGGAGCGAUAUGAUGAGAUGGUGGAGGCGAUGAAGAAGGUGGCCAGUAUGGAUGUGGAGCUCACAGUUGAGGAGAGGAACCUGCUGUCAGUGGCCUACAAGAAUGUGAUCGGAGCUCGGAGAGCCUCCUGGAGGAUAAUCAGCAGUAUCGAACAGAGGGAAGAAAACAAGGGCAGGGAUGAAAGCAAGGGCGGAGAAGAGAGACUGAAGAUGAUCCGGGAAUACAGGCAAAUGAUUGAAAAGGAGCUCAUGGACAUCUGUAAUGACAUCCUGGGUAUACUGGAAAGGCAUCUACUCCCCUCCGCUGUCUCUGGAGAGUCUAAAGUCUUCUACAACAAAAUGAAGGGUGACUACCACAGGUACCUGGCAGAGUUUGCCACUGGCAACAACAGAAAGGAGGCAGCAGAGAACAGUCUGGUGGCCUACAAAAGUGCCACCGAUAUAGCCUCAACGGACCUGCCACCCACGCACCCCAUCCGUCUCGGCCUUGCCCUCAACUUCUCCGUCUUCUACUACGAGAUACUCAACUCACCUGACCGUGCUUGCAGGUUGGCAAAGGCUGCGUUUGAUGACGCCAUUGCAGAACUGGACACACUGAGUGAAGAUUGCUACAAGGACUCCACACUUAUCAUGCAGUUGUUACGUGACAACCUGACACUAUGGACUUCAGAUAUGCAGGGAGAAGGUGAAGAACAGAACAAAGAGGCACUGCAAGACGUUGAGGAUGAGGCCCAGUGAGACUAUGCCACCAACAGCCAACAACUUGAGACCCUCCCUCCUUCCUCUCACCUCCUCGCACUCCUCACACCCCCCCCCCCUCCUCCUCAUCCUCCCCCUUCGUCUUCCCUCUCUGCGAGUCACCUUCCUUCUUCUUCUUCUUCCUCCUCCUCUUCCUCUUCUUCCACCCCUGCAGCUCCAGGACCCAGCAGGGUCACGGAGCCAACAAGUUUAUUUUUCUUCUUCUUUUUUAUUAUUUUAUAUUAGCCCUCGCAUCAUUCAAGUAAAUACCACUUAAUUGAGACAGGAAAUACGAUGUUAGAAAGGCGAAGCUAAAGAAAGAGGUCCCUGGAUUGUUUUGUGUUUUUGUCCUGGUACAAGCGGUUCUGAAACUGUUAUCUUUGUUUUCAUUAUUGUAUUUUUGUUUGGUUUUUGCUUUUUCUUUUUCCUCAAUAUUUUUAUCAGUUGCUGGAUGUAUUGAGAAUUUUUUCUUAAUGUAAUUACAGAAAUUAACUUUUAUUACUGAUAAUGUUGACUUAGUUAUGGGAGCUGUUUUAUCUCUGUUUUUAGUGAAAUGUCAUGCAGAUCAUUUUACCUUUUUACGGGCAGUUUGGAAGACUUACAAGUGCCCUUUUGUUAACUUAGUUUUUCAAAGGAAGUUGGCAAAAUUCGCGAUAUCCACGUGGGGCAAAGAAGUGCUUAACUUUUACACCAUAGUGAUUCUGUUGUCAUGUUUUCGUAGUUGUCCUUUGACUGUACUUUGUGCUGAAAUACUGUAACUGUGCACACAUGCUGACUCUCUGAAGGUUGAUUUAUCUGUAGCUUGUGGUUUUAAUGGGGGGGAUAAAAAGAGAAAAACUUGGGAGAUUUCUCACCCGUCUUGAAUUUGACCCCGCUCCUACGACAGAGAGCCCUAAAAUGAAAAUGGUCAGUGCUUGCAUGAGUUAACAAAUAAUAAUUAAUAUUCUUUUCUGCUGCUUCACCCCUGCUUUUUACUAAAACUCUUCUAGGUUCAGAGGGUUUCUUUCUUUUGCGGUUUCCUUCGUUGCUCUUCUUGUUUUGCUUCAUUAUGUGUAACUUGGAGCUGAUUUGUACUACUGGAUAUCUGACUGGAGCCACAGACAGGGAAUCUGUAUUGUUCUUACUGAAACACAGCAUGGAAUUAACAUUAAACAAUCUAAAUUAAACAUUA